UUUAUGAUCCACUUGAUAACAUACUUAACCGUCUCUUGUUUCACAUGUCAACGUAGACUUACAAAAAAAAUCAAAGAGUUUUGUUCACAUUUCUUUCCAAAGCUAUUCUUCUUCUUCUUCUUACAAACAAAGCAAAUAAUGGAUGUUAUUCAGAAAGAAACUCUUUUGUCACUCUCAAAUUCUGUGAAGCUUUCGUUACAAAAGAUUGUUUCUACGGAGCUCGUCGAAAACUUUGAGACGAUGAAUUUUGACGUUUCACUCUUGAAAAAGGUGCAGAAAACACUGGUGGAUCUUGAAGAUCUACUUUAUCAUGCUAGCAACAAACUCAUCCCGUGUCAAGGUAACAACACAUCGCUCAAUUUCUUGAGACAUGCUGUUUUUGAAGUUGCCUAUUUGCUUGACCCAGUCCCUUUUGUAUGUACUGAUUUGCAGCUCAAAAUUCAUUGUCGUUUACCUUUUCUCAUUACACUGAUUCAAUUUAAAACUGAAUAUUUAAUUCAAAUAUUAAAAGGUUCAAGUUCAGGAGAACAACUUGGUGAUGAUGAUGAAUCUUCUAUUUAUGGAAGAGACGCUGAUAUUCAGAAACUUAUACAUCUUUUGUUUUCUAGUGAUAGUGAUGGUGAUAGUAAAAUUAGAGUGAUUUCUAUUGUCGGUAUGGGAGGGAUUGGUAAAACAGCCCUUGCUAAACACCUUUACAAUCUUCCUCUAGUUAAUGACAAAUUUCAGUUAAAACUAUGGGCAGAUUUCUCAAGUGAUGUUGAUGAUUUUAGUGUUUUUGAAAACAUUCUUCAAUCUAUUACUUCACAAACAACCAUUAACGAUAUGAAUACCGUUUACCCAAAUUUUUUGCUGGUAUUGGAUGGUGUGUGGGAUGAAAGAUUUGUCAAUUGGACAUUACUCAUGGAUAUCUUGAAUGUUGGGGAAACACAGAGUAGAAUCAUUGUCACAACACGAGAUGAAAGAGUUGCAAUAUCCAUGAAAACCUUUCUUUCUCUCCACUAUUUGAGACCCUUGAAAGAUGAAGAUUGUUGGACUUUACUUGCCAAACAUGCAUUUGGAGAAAAUGACUACCAUCGACAACACUAUCUAAACGAAACUGUUGCAUAUGAAAGAGAAGUGCGAGAAAUAAUUGGCAGGAAAAUUGCAAAAAAGUGUGAUGGUUUACCAUUAGCUGCUGUAGAACACGGGGCUCUUCUUCCCACUUCAUCAUUGAAACCAUAUGAAUGGUAUUAUGUGCUAGACAGUCAUCUUCAGAAAACACCUUACAAUGUGCUAGCCUCUCUCAAGUUGAGCUACUAUUGCCUUUCUGAUCCUUUAAAACUGUGUUUUCAAUAUUGUUCAAGUUUUCCGAAGAAGUCCAUUUUAGAAAAAAAGAUGGUAGUUCAGUUAUGGAUUGCAGCAGGGUUACUAGAAUCAUUGUCCAUAAAUCAAGAAAAAGUUGGAGAAGAAUACUUUGAUGAACUAGUUUCAAGGUCAUUGAUACAUCGGCGGUCUAUUGGUGAUGAGGAAAGAAACUUUGGAAUGCACAACUUCAUCCAUGAUUUAGCUACGGAGGUUUCAUCUCCACAGGUUUCUUCUUCAUACUGUAUCGAUCUGGACAAACAUAACCUAGAUGACAGGAUGCAAAAUUUCUCAUACAAUAGAGGGACAUAUGAUUCAUAUCACAAAUUUGAUAAAUUAUACAGAGUAAAAGGUUUGCGUACCUUUCUAGCAUUCCCAUUACAAGCACAAUUGCCUCUUUGUUUGCUAUCAAACAAGGUAGUGCAUGACUUGCUGCCAACAAUGAAACAAUUACGCAUGUUGUCUCUGUCAAGCUACAAGAAUAUCACCAAGGUUCCCAAGUCUAUUGGAAAUUUGUUAGACCUGCGAUACUUAAAUCUUUCUCACACUAGUAUUGAAAGGCUGCCUUCUGAAACAUGCAAGCUUUACCAUCUGCAGUUCUUGUUGUUAGCAGGCUGUAAAAGGCUCACUGAAUUGCCAGAGGACAUGGGAAAAUUGAUUAAUUUGCGCCACCUUGACGUUAGUAACACCGCAUUGUGGGAGAUGCCUGUACAAAUAGCCAAACUAGAAAAUCUCCACACUUUGUCUGACUUUGUUGUCAGCAAACACAAUGGUGGAUUAAAUAUCGCAGAUCUAGGAAAACUUCCCCACCUACGUGGAAAACUUUCAAUCUCACAGCUACAAAAUGUUAAUGACUCCUUUGAAGUAGAUCAAGCCAAUAUAAAGAUGAAAGAACAAAUAAAUGAGUUAGCUAUGGAAUGGGAUUGUGGUAGUACUUAUUUAGAUUCACAGAUUCAAAGUGUUGUACUUGAAAAGUUGCGACCCUCAACAAAUUUGAAAAGUCUCACCAUCAAAGGCUAUGGUGGAAUCAACUUUCCAAAUUGGUUAGGUGAUUUUUUAUUUAGCAACAUGGUGUGUUUAAGGAUCUCGAAUUGUAAUGAUUGUUUAUGGCUUCCACCUCUUGGACAAUUGGAUAAUUUGAAAGAACUCAUUAUUGAAGGGAUGCAAUCAGUGGAGACAAUUGGUAUUGAGUUCUAUGGAAGUGUUGGCUCUUCAUUUCAACCAUUUCCCUCUUUGCAGAUUCUACACUUUUUGAAUAUGCAAGAGUGGAAGGAAUGGGACUUGAUUGGAGGCACGACUACAACGUUUCCUAAUCUAAAAACUUUAUCACUAAGAAAGUGCCCAAAACUGAUAGUCGGAAAUAUAACUGAAAUUUUUUCAUUCUUAACUGAACUUGAGUUAAGAGAAUGUCCUUUAUUGGUGCAAUCAAUUUCAUUAUCUGAUCAUGUAUUUGGGCAACUGAUGUUCCCUCUGUAUUCUCUUCAACAGCUGACCAUAGACGAUUUUCCAUCCCUGAUGUCGUUCCCAACAGACGGUCUACCAAAAACCUUGAAACUUCUCAUAAUCAGUAACUGUGAGAAUCUAGAAUUCCUUCCUCAUGAUAACUUGCAUAAUUAUACAUCGCUUGAGGAAUUGAAAAUAUCUCAUAGCUGUAAUUCAAUGAUAUCAUUUCCCUUAGGCACUCUCCCUGUCCUCAAAAGUCUGUUUAUUGAAGGUUGUAAAAAUCUGAAAUCGAUAUUAAUUGCAGAAGACGGGUCGGAAAAGAGUCUUUCAUUUCUUAGAAGCAUCAAAAUAUGGGAUUGUAAUGAAUUGGAUUCAUUUCCCUCAGGUGGAUUGAAAACUCCAAACCUUGUUUAUAUAGCACUGUGGAAGUGUGAGAAGCUUCCUUCACUGCCAGAAGCAAUGAACAGUCUAUCUGGCCUUCAUGAAAUGGAAAUUGAUAACUUACCAAAUCUUCAAUCUUUUGUCAUAGAUGAGUUACCUAGCAGUUUACGGAAACUGUCUGUUGGCUUUGUUGGUGGGAUUAGGUGGAAUACUGGGCCAACUUGGAAACAUCUCACUUGUCUCUCGGAGUUGCGAAUUAAUGGCGAUGAUAUGUUGAACACGCUGAUGGGGCCAUUGCUACCUAAAAAGCUUGUGAAAUUGUGCAUUUGUGGUCUUAAUGAUACAAGCAUUGAUGAGAAGUGGCUUCAGCAUCUCGCUUAUCUCGAACACCUUGAGAUUAUUAACGCUCCCAAACUCAAGUCGUUGCCAAAGAAAGGAUUUCCUUCCUCUCUUUCAGUACUUAGUGUGACUCGCUGUCCAUUACUGGAAACAAGUUUGCGGAAAAAGCGGUGGAAAAAAUGGCGUAAGAUUGCUCACGUUCCCUCCGUAGUUAUUGAUGAAGAAUUGAUCACAUGAGUCUUGUUCGGAUCUACCAAGGGCUUCAAGUCUAAUUGACGGCUUGCACGAAGAUGGCAGCAGCGACAUCUCUUUCUGUCAGGAGCGGAUGAGAUGGAGAAAUAACAAUAUUGGCUAAAACACCUCAUUCACCGGAUAAUCGUGCUUAAGGGAGUGCAAGGAUGUGAAUAUUAACAGAGUAUACAUAGGAUCUUGUACGGAUGGAAAAACAGAAGAUUUCAUGGCUGCUGCAAAAGUUUUUCUACCGUCGGUAUGCAUCUUAUUUUCCUAUUGCAUCUAAAACAUUGUUGUUCAAUGACGGCCAUGGUGAAAUGGCAUGACAAAUUUUUGACAACCGUCAUAGGCAAUGUGCGAAGGGAUGUCUGCCAUAGUGGCACCAUAGGCUGCAGUCGCAUGUUUAUAUGGUGGACUUUAGUCUGCUCCAACAAUAUGCGGGUAACCUCAACAACAUUAACAAUAUUAUAGCACCUAGACUAGGGUGAGGAGCUUUCAGCAAUAUCUGAUCAUCAAUACUGGCCACGACAUGCAAACUUACAAAGUCACUAAUUGGCCCUACAUGGCAAAUUGAUUUGAAAUAGUGUGUACUCGACUUGGGUGACUAACAAGUUCACAUUGUCAAAAGUCAAUUCCCAGUACUGUUAUGUUUUCCUUGACACUCAAUAGAACUAGUAACCUGAGUUCUGAUUUGUGGACAUGUUUAGACGGAUUUGAAGGCACUGGUGACAGUAUUAAGGAUCUAAUAUCCGAUAAUGUAAACUCGUUGUCCAAGAGCUCCUUAUUCAAGUUUACUCGCUUUAAUAUCACCUCACCAUGCAAAACCAACUUUCUUCAUCAGUACAAAAGCAAAGGAUUCUAUAGACAGAUAAGGUGAAUAGUGUUGCUUAUAAGGAUGAUCAAAUGGCGUUUUAUCUGCACCAACAAUCUGGUUUUGGAAGCCAUUCUUGAUUCUAUCACUUCACAAACAAUCAGGAAUGAUGAGGUGAAUCGUGAAAUAAUUGAAUUUAGCAGUACAAAAAGAAAUGACAUGAUUGAUGCAAUUGGCCAGGCUUGACAUGUAGUUUUUCUUGUUGGUAAUUAGUUAGGCUUUAUCGUGUACUCCGUUUGUGUUCCUUUAGAAAAACCGGAAUAGUGAGUUAUAGUAAUUUAGAUUGUUUGUUUUAUUUUCCCCGAGUCCUAUAUUUGUUAGUUCAUUGUUAAACACUGUCCAACUCCAUCAUCAUUAGUGCCUAAAAUACUGUCCAUGUCUAAUAUUGUUUGCUCCUGGUUACUGUUGUGUUCUCAAGAGUCUGUUUAUUGAGGGUUGUAUAAAUCUGAAAUCAAUAUUAAUCGCAGAAGACGAGUCGGAAAAGAGUCUUUCAUUUCUUAGAAGCAUCAAAAUAUGGGAUUGUAAUGAAUUGGAUUCAUUUCCCUCAGGUGGACUGAAAACUCCAAACCUUGUUUAUAUAGCACUGUGGAAGUGUGAGAAGCUUCCUUCACUCCCAGAAGCAAUGAACAGUCUAUUUGGCCUUGUUGAAAUGGAAAUUGAUAACCUACCAAAUCUUCAAUCUUUUGUCAUAGAUGAGUUACCUAGCAGUUUACGGAAACUGUCUGUUGGCUUUGUUGGUGGGAUUAUGUGGAAUACUGGGCCAACUUGGGAACAUCUCACUUGUCUCUCGGAGUUGCGAAUUAAAGGCGAUGAUAUGGUGAACACACUGAUGGGGCCAUUGCUACCAGCAUCACUUGUGACACUGUGCGUUUGUGGUCUUAAUGAUACAAGCAUUGAUGAGAAGUGGCUUCAGCAUCUCACUUCUCUUCAAAACCUUGAGAUUAUUAACGCACCCAAACUCAAGUCAUUGCCAAAGAAAGGAUUUCCUUCCUCACUGUCCAUUACUAGAAGCAAGUUUGCGGAAAAAGCGGGGAAAAGAGUGGCGUAAGAUUGCUCACAUUCCCUCCAUAGUUAUUAAUGACGAAUUGAUCACAUGAGUCUUGUUCGGAAUUGUGUUUUGUGUCACCCCUGCUUCUUCCCAAUCUUGCUGUUGUAAGAAGCCAAAUUCACCUCAAAACCUGCCACCAGGUCCAGUAAUUGCUUUUCUGUCCAGGAACAGAUGAAAAGGAGAAAACACCACUGACUCCAAAUAUGUUAGAUCUCGUAGGGGCUUCAAGUGUAAUUGAUAGCUUGCAAAAAGAUAGCAGCAACAAUAUCUCUUUCUGUCAGGAGCGGAUGGGAAGAAGAAAUAGCAAUGUUUGCUAAAACAAAGAGCAUCACAGGGUUACUAGGAGUCCAGGAUACAAGAUUUCACUGCAGCUACCACAUUCAGAACAUGCAGAAAUUAUCAAACUGUGGCCUAACUCGCUAUGAAGAUUGAAUUGUGUGUUACCGUUGCUGCCAUUUUUUCUUGGAAGUCAGUUAGGCUGAUACGGUUUGUAUUUGCUCAACUGGAGAGGUAGAUUCGUCCAACAGUUAUCUCAACAAAUCGAACUAUGUCAGAAUAACAAACAUAGUCCUCAUAUUUCUAAAGAAUGCAUCUGUUUGUGGUUUUCUAUUCUCGCAAAAGUGUGAAGUGGAGGUCUUUGGCACUAGAUGAGUCAUAUGAAGAAAACUAUUGUAUCUUGUUCAUCUUAUGAGGCUGAAUAUCAUACUAUUGUUGUUGCAACUAGAAAACUGUAGUGAUUUUUUUCCUCCUCCAUGAUUUGGGUAAAAAUCAUGUUAGGCAGUCACUUUUGUACUGACAGUCAAAGUACUUUGCAUAUUAUUGUCAAUCUUGUCUUUCAUGAAAGAACAAAGCACAUGAACAUUGAUUCUAUAACUUAUUUAUGUUUGAAGGUAUUGAAGAAAAAUGUUUUAUUUUUUCCCUCGAAGAAAAUGUGAAAGAUGAUUACAAUAACAAUUAAAACUUUUAUAAAAAAAUAUUAAAAUUAUGGAAUUAGAGGAUUAGCGAUCCAAAAUAUAAAAAGUGACACUUAAAACAUAGAUCUUCUUAAAAGGGACUAAAGUUGAGGUCAAUUUCAUUCAUUUAGAUAUUCUAAAUCAAAUUGAAGAUGAGUUUAAGAAAAUGAAAGAAGAAAGGAAUAUAAAAUUCAUAUUUAUU